UUCUGGAGCGGUGUUGGGGGCAGGUGCAGCCCUUCUUCCCCAUCCACUCUGUGGCGAGUGUAACUCCACUUGCCCUCCCUCUGCCUCCCUUCCCACCCUCUUCUCCAGCUCUGGCGGCAAAUGGGAUUCCCCACAAGCCCAUGGGGCCUCCUCAGUCCUUUCCUGACUCUCCACCUCCUCCGGCUGGGAUCAGCGGACUUCAUAGUGGUGGGGCCAAGCCGACCUCUCCUUGCCACCAUGGGACAGGACGUCGUGCUGCCCUGUCACUUGUCUCCACGCAUGGACGCUCGGGGCUUGGAGAUCAGGUGGAUCCGGCACAAGCUCUCUGAAACGGUGCACCUCUACCGAAAUGGAGCGGACCAGCAGUGGGACCAGAUGGAGGAAUAUGCUGGAAGGACAGAGUUGGCCAGAGAUGGUCUCUCCCGUGGGAGCCUGGACUUGCGAAUCUCUGGGUUGAGACCCUCUGAUGAUGGCCAGUACGUCUGCACUGUGCAUGAUGGUGCUUCUUAUGGAGAAGAUACAGUGGAGCUGGAGGUGGCAGCCUUGGGCUCUGUCCCUUUCCUCUCUCUGGAGGCUUACGAGGAUGGAGGCAUCCGGGUGGUGUGUCGAUCGGCCGGCUGGUACCCGUCACCGCAGGUGCUGUGGAAGGAUGCUGGUGGGCAGCAUCUCCCCUCGGUCUCCCUGAGACGUUCCCCUGAUGAGAGGGGCCUCUUUGAGAUCCAAGAUGUCAUCGUUGUGAGCGGGAAGGGAGAUGGGAAUGUGUCGUGUGUGGUGAGGAACAGCCGCCUGGAUCAGGAGCAGGCGUCGUCCCUGCACAUCUCAGCUCCUUUUUUCCACAAUGCCCGUCCCUGGAUGGCAGCUCUGGGUGUGUUCCUCCUGCUUUUGGUGAUGUGUUUUGGUGUCAUUGCUUAUCUCUUCCGAAGGAAAGCUUGGAAAAAGAUUCUGCUUCCUCAGAAUCCAGAGGUGGUGACCCUGGAUCCAAACACGGCUCAUUCCAAACUUUUCCUGUCGGAGGAUUUGAGAAGUGUGAAACGUGGAUCCGCACACCAGAACCUGCCCGACACCCCUGAGAGAUUUAGUUAUUGGCCCUGUGUGCUGGGCCAGGAGAGGUUCCGGGAGGGGAGGCACUGCUGGGAGGUGGAAGUGAAGGGGGAGGUGGGAGGUUAUUCGUGGUGGGCUGUUGGGGUGACCAGAGAGUCUGUGGAGAGGAAGGAGAGUGAGUUGCCGAGCCCUGCAGUAGGUGUCUGGGCGGUCUGGCACGUUUUCGGGCAGUUUGAGGCUCUCACUUCUCCUCGCACCCCCUUGUCCCUGUCCCUAGUCCCCAGGAGGAUCUGGGUCUGUCUGGACUGCACAUGGGGGCUGGUGACUUUCCUCAACGCGGACACUGGGGGUGAGAUCUUCACUUUCCCACCAGCCUCGUUCCACGGGGAGAUCCUGCGCCCCUGGUUUAGGGUGGAGACAGAGGAAACCCAGCUGUGCCUCAGGGGCAGCAUACCCUGAGCCCCAGUCCCACUUCCAUCCCCACCACAGCCUCCAGCAGACCCUGUCCUUCUCCAGAGACUUCUCGUUCUCCUCUCCUGGACCCUGCAGGAGAUGUCCCUCUCUGCUCUGCCUCAGCCCAGGAAUCAGAGGGGGAAUGAGGGACAGGGGACAGGGGCUGCUGUGGGGUCCCCCCCGGGGCUAGGAGGCUCUGAAGGGAGGGGGGUGUCCUCGUUUCAGCUUUGAUGGAGUUAAUUUUCUUUCUAGUAUGGGCUGCAUUUUGGAUUUACUGUGAGAAUGCCAUUGGUCACACAUGAGUAUAUACAUGGCUGAGAAAUGUUCACAUCAGUCCAAGGCUUUGUCCAGCUUCCCCUCACAGCCAAGAGGGAGCACAGCCAGGACAAGGCAGCCAAAGGGAUAUUCCACCCCACAGAUGUCCUUCUCGGGAUUGAAAUGGGGGCUGCUGGGGGGCUGGGGCCCUCCAUCGUUGAUGGGGAUGGAAUUGGCAACCAGUCCUCAGGUGCUGAGGGCAACUGGUGUUGUAUCAC